AGGUUGCGAUGAACAAGUGCGUCAGUUCGUCUCACAGUCUCACAGACACAACAACCGCAGGCAACAUGAGUCUUCGCACAUUCGUGAAGGUGGCAGCCGUGAUGGCGGUGGCGUGCGUCGUGACGGCUGAUCCUGAAGCUGCUCCUGGCGGAGGCUACGGUGGUAGCUUCGGCGGUGGAAGGCCGGGUGGAUUGGGUGGAGGCUCCGUCGGCUUCGGUCGUCCUGGCUUUUCUGGGAGUUCAUUUGGACACGGCGGAUUAGGCGGAGGUUCAUUUGGACACGGCGGAUUAGGCGGAAGUUCAUUUGGACAUAGCGGAGUAGGCGGAGGUUCCUUCGGAGGCUCAUUCGGAGGACGUCCAUCUCCUUUUGGCCGCCCAUCCUUCGGACAACAGUCCUUCGGCCGCCCAUCCUUCGGACAACAGACCUUCGGCCGCCCAUCCUUCGGACAACAGUCCUUCGGCAGCCCAUCCUUCGGCCGCCCAUCCUACGGCCAGUCGUAUGGCCGCUAGACAACACAGGACACCGGAGGACCUUCACGCAAAAACACCAGGAUAUUUCGAUUCACACUUUUACAGGAAUGCCGUCAACGGAACACUUUGCAAAUUCACCUGUGUUUUCGCAAGCCGUGGCUCUCGUUGGCACUCCUGAUUGGCACUGUCUAAUCAGGAGAUUGGCAAAUAAAUAGAUAAAGUUUCGGAA